UCCCUGCAGCAAGCACAUCGCAUUCAGGCAUAAUCAGCGAUUCAGCAGACUCGCCACCAUGUGGGCUACCAAGCAUACCUUGCAAGCGCUUCUCCCAUGGCUCCUCCUGUUCGUGCAGCAGGCCGCGGCCAGCGGCGGGUGCGAGUGCACGACCGCCACGGACGGGGCGGACAAGCAGGGCGCGAUGAAGCUCAAGCUGGUCGCCAUCGCGUCCAUCCUGGCCGCCGGGGCGGCUGGCGUGCUGGUGCCGGUGCUCGGACGCUCCAUGGCCGCGCUGCGCCCCGACGGCGACAUCUUCUUCGCGGUCAAGGCGUUCGCCGCUGGAGUCAUCCUUGCCACCGGCAUGGUGCACAUCCUGCCGGCGGCGUUCGACGGGCUCACCUCCCCGUGCAUCCACAAAGGCGGCGGGGACAGGAACGGCUUCCCUUUUGCAGGACUUGUGGCCAUGUCUGCAGCCAUGGCCACAAUGGUGAUAGACUCCCUGGCUGCUGGGUACUACCGCCGCUCUCACUUCAGCAAGGCACGCCCACUUGACAACAUCGACAUACCUGGACACACCGGAGAUGAGGAAGGGAGGGCCGAUCAUCCACAUGUGCACACGCAUGGCCAUUCACAUGGUGAGGCGAUUGCUGUCAGCUCGCCGGAGGAGGCUGCGAUAGCUGACACAAUCCGGCACAGGGUGGUAUCUCAGGUUCUAGAGCUGGGAAUCUUGGUGCAUUCAGUGAUAAUUGGCGUGUCAUUAGGAGCAUCUGUGAGGCCAUCCACCAUCAAGCCUCUGGUCGGUGCCCUCAGCUUCCAUCAAUUCUUUGAAGGCAUAGGCUUGGGUGGUUGCAUUGUUCAGGCUAAUUUCAAGGUAAGGGCAACCAUCAUCAUGGCAACGUUUUUCUCCCUUACCGCACCAGUGGGCAUCGUGCUAGGGAUUGCGGUUUCAUCUAGCUAUAAUGUGCAUAGCUCUACUGCCUUCAUUAUUGAGGGAGUCUUCAACUCAGCCUCGGCAGGGAUUCUAAUCUACAUGUCCCUAGUGGACCUUCUAGCAACAGAUUUCAAUAACCCAAAGCUACAGACAAAUACAAAGCUUCAGCUGAUGACAUAUCUUGCACUUUUCCUAGGUGCUGGGAUGAUGUCCAUGCUUGCCAUAUGGGCAUAGAUCUUCAAAGCAAUGACCAUUGCAAUUGUAUUUCCUGCUAAAGUCGAAGUGCUAAUUGUAUUCAUCCAGGAGUUCUCUAUUUUCUCAAAAUAAUACACCCUUGGUGAAGAAUUGACCAUAUUCA